UCUGGUAACUGUGUACGCGCAUUGUUGGCGUGAACGUGCACGUUCUUCGAGUCUGCAAUAACUCUGCAAGCAAGACGUCACUGUAAAGCGGUAAUACAAUCACUCUUACCUGUGGAUUACAUGGCAGAAUUUCAAUACAAAGUAUCCUUUAUCAAUUUCAUAUGUUGCAACUUGCAAACUAUUGUCGUUUCAGGCAAUGUUAUGAUGAACGUUUGUUGCUGCUUACAUCCGGAACAAUGUAGCUUUUCAGGACACGUUGCUUGCUAUAUCAACGCAACUGUUACUUUGUAUCAAUGAUCCUAAUCGAUGCUGCAGCGCUAAUUAGCACAUCUUCAAUUACGCAACAAUAACUACAAUUGACACACACAUAAACCUGUUUCACUCACUGCCUUUUUUAUUGUCGUUCCACAUAUCCAGUUUGCCUUUUCUCAACGAAUGAAUGAGCAAUGCCAUCCCUUGAUGUCAUUGGUGAAUAGCCUAUGGCAUUGGUAACUCAUCCAUUCCAACGGUCAUAACCUAUGCUGAAGUGUUGACUUGUCUUCUCUGACUUGUCUGUCUUAUAACCAAAAGUGUGUGUAUAGAUCUGUGUGGGUCGACCAACACCAAUGUUUAAUGUGCCAACAUGUUAUCUCAUUCGGCCAAAGGUGGCCAAAGGAAAGACAAACAGCAGAUAAAGUUAAAGCCCUCUAUAGACUUGACUUAGCCUAAAGUAUAACACCAAUACUACUUUACCAAUACUACUUUACUUGCCCAUGGCAUCAUGUUCUCUUACAUUCGAGGGCCUUCUAGAUAUUUUGCAUCUAACCGAUUUGGCUAUAAGCUGUAAGCUAUAAGCUGCCCAAGUAUUUUAAUCAGUAAUUAAUGUUAGACCACAAUGAAAAUUAUUAUAACUAGGCUACAGAGGUGAUUAUUGGGCAUCUUGAAAAACCUGUAUUUACAGCAGGAAAAUGAGGGAAGGUCAUGCUUUUUCAAUUUCAGUCAAGGGGAGGAGUUAGUAUUAUUUAAAUCUAGUCCAGGAGAAGGAAGGGUCAUGUCAUUAAUUACAUUUCAAUAUUUCAGAGCCUUUUAUAAUGAGUUGAUUAUUAGGCUACAUAUAGAUGUGUGCCGGGUGCCGCCCCUCAUCUCUGAUUCUCUACUGGCAUAUUCUUUUAGAUUUUUCUUGAUUUCUCGUUUAUUUAACCAGGUAGGCCAGUUGAGAACAAGUUCUCAUUUACAACUGCGAACUGGCUAUUUUGUGUGGUCUCAAUCAAAUGAUCCAUAGGCUUUAGGCUAGGAAGUGCAUGCUCGAAGAUGCACAGAACAAUACACACAGCAAUGGAUAUUCAAACCCUGAGUCCGGCCUGCUCUGCUGAGCAAAAACUGUUUUGUGUGCUGCUUAAUAACCAAUGGCUGCACUGUGUAGUGCUACACUCUCUCUUCACGAGGAGAGUCAAAGGUUUCUUCUAAAAAAAAAUUUGAUUAGGUCUAAUCCAAAAAAUGUGCACGGACUAGCCUAUAGCCCAGGGAUAAUCAACUAGAUUCAGCUGCGGACCGAUUUUUAUUCUUGAGAGGAUGGUCGGGGCCAGAACAUAAUUAUAAGGAAUUUGUAGACUGCAAAUUGACUGCAAGAAGCCAAGACAUAUAUACAGUUGAAGUCGAAAGUUUACAUACACUUAGGUUGAAGUCAUUAAAGCUCAUUUUUCAACCACUCCACAAAUUUCUUGUUAACAAACUAUAGUUUUGGCAAGUCGGUUAGGACAUCUACUUUGUGCAUGACACAAGUAAUUUUUACAGCAAUUGUUUACAGACAGAUUAUUUCACUUAUAAAUCACUGUAUCACAAUUCCAGUGGGUCAGAAGUUUACAAUCACUAAGUUGACCGUGCCUUUAAACAGCUUGGAAAAUUCCAGAAAAUUAUGUCAUGGCUUUAGAAGCUUCUGAUAGGCUAAUUGACAUAAUUUGAGUCAAUUGGAGGUGUACCUGUGGAUGUAUUUCAAGGCCUACCUUCAAACUCAGUGCCUCUUUGCUUGACAUCAUGGGGAAAUCAGCAAAGACCUGAGAAAAAGAAUUGUAGACCUCCACAAGUCUGGUUCAUCCUUGGGAGCAAUUUCCAAAUGCCUGAAGGUACCACCUUCAUCUGUACAAACAAUAGUACGCAAGUACACCAUGGGACCACGCAGCCGUCAUACCGCUCAGGAAGGAGACGCGUUCUGUAUCCUAGAGAUGAAUGUACUUUGGUGCGAAAAGUGCAAAUCAAUCCCAGAACAACAGCAAAGGACCAUGUGAAGAUGCUGGAGGAAACAGGUACAAAAGUAUCUAUAUCCGCAGUAAAACAAGUCCUAUAUCGGGAGGGUAGAAAGGCCGCUCAGCAAGGAAGAAGCCACUGCUCCAAAACCGCCAUAAAAAAAGUCAGACUACGGUUUACAACUGGACAUGGGGACAAAGAUCAUACUUUUUGGAGAAAUGUCCUCUGGUCUGAUGAAACAAAAAUAGAACUGUUUGGCCAUAAUGACCAUCGUUAUGUUUGGAGGAAAAAGGGGGAGGCUUGCAAGCCGAAGAACACCAUCCCAACCGUGAAGCACAGGGGUGGCAGCAUCAUGUUGUGGGGGUGCUUUGCAGCAGGAGGGACUGGUGCACUUCGCAAAAUAGAUGAGGGAGGGAAAUUAUGUGGAUACAUUGAAGCAACAUCUCAAGAUAUCAGUGAGGAAGUUAAAGCUUGGUCGCAAAUGGGUCUUCCAAAUGGACAAUGACCCCAAGCAUACUUCCAAAAUUGUGGCAAAAUGGCUUAAGGACAUCAAAGUCAAGGUAUUGGAGUGGCACUUACACUUAGGGGUGUACUCACUUUUUGUUGCCAGCGGUUUAGACAUUAAUGGCUGUGUGUUGAGUUAUUUUGAGGGGACAGCAAAUGUACACUGUUAUACAAGCUGUACACUCACUACUUUACAUUGUAGCAAAGUGUCAUUUCUUCAGUGUUGUCACAUGAAAAGAUAUACUCAAAUAUUUACAAAAAUGUGAGGGCUGUACUCACUUUUGUGAUAUACUGUAUAUAUUAGUACCAGUCAAAAGUUUGGACACACGUACUCAUUCAAGGGUUUUUCUUUAUUUUUAAUAGUGAAGCCAUCAAAACUAUGAAAUAACACAGUUGGAAUCAUGUAUUAACCAAAAUAGUGUUAAACAAAUCAAAAUAUAUGUUAUAUUUGAGAUUCUUUAAAGUAGCCACCCUUUGCCUUGAUGACAGCUUUGCACACUCUUGGCAUUCUCACAACCAGCUUCAUGAGGUAGUCACCUGGAAUGCUUUUCCAACAGUCUUGAAGGAGUUCCCACAUAUGCUGAUUUGGCCAUGGUCCGCCAGUUGGGGAACCCUGCAAUAGCCAAUGCUCUGUUCAGUUUGAGAGGGAGAGCUCGAAGAAGAUGAGAAGGAGGACCGGAGGUCAAAUUUGAUUACUUGCUACUACUAUAGCCUAAUUGAUUUAAUUAAGAACAAUAUGCUUCUUGCCCAUAGUCUACUUAUCAGAUUUAUUGACCUCACAAUAGCCAUAUUCGAGUAAUUUACAUUGUGGGGCUGAAAGUUGUAGCAGCGGCAUAAUCAAUCGGAAAUGGACAGCUCAUGGUGCUGAGAAUAGGCCUAGACAUAAUUAAUUUAAACCGUCUUCAUUUAAAUUAGACUUUACCUACAUAAGGGACGUGAGCGGCAUUUCCCGUAUGGUUGAUGAGGAUCUCCAUAUUGCAAAUGGACGGUCCCUUACUAGACAUCCACACGUGUUGUUAACCUCUUAAUUCGUGAUGGUAAAUGCCCAUUGUCAGACAUUGCAAAUGGACAGUGUACAGUUGUACAUUUCCAAUGUAUUUAAUGAGGGAUUUAACAUCACCAAAUAGACAGGCUGAAAUAAACACCAAUGAGCGAUUGGACAGUGUCCAUUACACAUAUUCUAUAUUGUCAGUGUGAACAUACUCUUCUGCAAGUUGACAGUGUCCAUUGCCAAUGUAUAUCCAUAACGACUUCCCAUUACGAAAUGGACAUGCUGAAUCAACAUCAAUGAGAAAUUCUUACUUCCUAUGACUUCCUAUGAUCAAACAUGACAAAUAAACCUUCUAGGUUGAUUCAGGGCUUAACAUAGUGAUAUAUAUAUAAUUUGGUCAGUAUAUAUGCCAUUUGGACAUUUCUUAUGCCAGUUGGACAUGGUACACUGACUUUUUGGUUCGGAAGCCGACUUCCUAUGAUCAUAUAUUGCAAAUGGACAAAACAUAGGCCUUAUGGACAAACUCAAUAAAAUAAGACAAAUGUGUGGCCAUACGGUUACUACAUAUGUGUAAUUGACCAAAGAAUAUGUAUAAUUGGCACACAAAAAAGCACUUUUUAUGAGGUUUUAACAUUUGGAAAAAAUUGAGAUUUUGAAAAUGUUACCCUUUGGACCUGACUUUGUGACCAUUUCCCAUAUGAAAAUCUAUGGUGGAGCGCGCUCACUCCCUAUGGGAAUUUUGGUUAUUUUACACUUGGCAUUUGCAACUGUCCCGGUUGCAAUAUGGUUUUGAUGAACUGCCGUCCAUUUGAGUGGUAUUUGCGAUUGUGUAUAUUGUUCUCCCAAUGCCAAUAAGUUGCCAUUCAUUUUUGUCCAUUUCUUAGUGCUUCAUGGUGCUUGUGCUUUGUGUUGGAGCCUAUUUCUUCCUAUUUUAAGAAAUAAUAGGUAGGCCUACAUGUUUAGGCUAUAGGCUGCUAUAUCCAUAGAUUUGUUGGUCAAUUCCUCCACCCACCAUAAAACUAAGACUCGAAUUGAGGAGGUAUGAUGAGAGGGAUAUGCCAUAGGCAUACCUUUUUAUUACAGAAAAUGGCAAAUGAUUUUGAAGAAAAUCAAAUGUAUCUGAUUAUAUAAAGUGAUCUAUAACAGCGCUUUAGUCUGCGAUGCUUUAUGUUAGAAACAAGCUGUAAAAUACCCAGGAAAGACGUGACUCCGAUGCAAGUUUUCAAGUUUUCAUAACAAUCGGAAAUCGGUAUUUUUGGGCGCCGAUUUGCCGUUUUAUUUUUUAUUUUUUAUGAAAAUGUACACCUUUAUUUAAUCUUUAUUUAACUAGGCAAGUAAGUUAAGAACACAUUCUUAUUUUCAAUUGCGGCCUAGGAACGAGGCAGAACGACAGAUUUUUAACCUUGUCAGCUCGGGGGAUUCAAUCUUGCAACCUUACAGUUAACUAGUCCAAUGCUCUAACACUGAUUACAUUGCACUCCACGAGGAGCCUGCCUGUGCCGCGAAUGCAGUAAGCUAAGGUAAAUUGCUAGCUAGCAUUAAACUUAUCUUAUAAAAAACAAUCAAUCAAUGACUGUCAUUGCUCCAAUAUGUACUUAACCAUAAACAUCAAUGCCUUUCUUAAAAUCAAUACACAAGUAUAUAUUUUUAAACCUGCAUAUUUAGCUAAAAGAAAUCCAGGUUAGCAGGCAAUAUUAACCAGGUGAAAUUGUGUCAUUUCUCUUGCGUUCAUUGCACGCAGAGUCAGGGUAUGUGCAACAGUUUGGGCCGCCUGGCUCUUUGCGAACUAAUUUGCCAGAAUUUUACGUAAUUAUGACAACAUUGAAGGUUGUGCAAUGUAACAGGAAUAUUUAGAUUUAUGGAUGCCACCCGUUAGAUAAAAUACGGAACGGAAUAAACGUUUUGUUUUCGAGGUGAUAGUUUCCGGAUUAGUCAAAGGUACAGUGGGGCAAAAAAGUAUUUAGUCAGCCACCAAUUGUGCAAGUUCUCCCACUUAAAAAGAUGAGAGGCCUGUAAUUUUCAUCAUAGGUACACUUCAACUAUGACAGACAAAAUGAGGAAAAAAAAUCCAGAUAAUCACAUUGUAGGAUUUUUAAUGAAUUUAUUUGCAAAUGAUGGUGGAAAAUAAGUAUUUGGUCAAUAACAAAAGUUUAUCUCAAUACUUUGUUAUAUACCCUUUGUUGGCAAUGACAGAGGUCAAACGCUUUCUGUAAGUCUUCACAAGGUUUUCACACACUGUUGCUGGUAUUUUGGCCCAUUCCUCCAUGCAGAUCUCCUCUAGAGCAGUGAUGUUUUGGGGCUGUUGCUGGGCAACACGGACUUUCAACUCCCUCCAAAGAUUUUCUAUGGGGUUGAGAUCUGGAGACUGGCUAGGCCACUCCAGGACCUUGAAAUGCUUGUUACGAAGCCACCACUUCGUUUGCUCGGGCGGUGUGUUUGGAUUCAUUGUCAUGCUGAAAGACCCAGCCACGUUUCAUCUUCAAUGCCCUUGCUGAUGGAAGGAGGUUUUCACUCAAAAUCUCACGAUACAUGGCCCCAUUCAUUCUUUCCUUUACACGGAUCAGUCGUCCUGGUCCCUUUGCAGAAAAACAACACCAAAGCAUGAUGUUUCCACUCCCAUGCUUCACAGUAGGUAUGGAGUUCUUUAGAUGCAACUCAGCAUUCUUUGUCCUCCAAACACAACGAGUUGAGUUUUUACCAAAAAAGUUCUAUUUUGGUUUCAUCUGACCAUAUGACAUUCUCCCAAUCUUCUUCUGGAUCAUCCAAAUGCUCUCUAGCAAACUUCAGACGGGCCUGGACAUGUACUGGCUUAAGCAGGGGGACACGUCUGGCACUGCAGGAUUUGAGUCCCUGGCGGCGUAGUGUGUUACUGAUGGUAGGCUUUGUUACUUUGGUCCCAGCUCUCUGCAGGUCAUUCACUAGGUCCCCCCGUGUGGUUCUGGGAUUUUUUCUCACCGUUCUUGUGAUCAUUUUGACCCCACGGGGUGAGAUCUUGCGUGGAGCCCCAGAUCGAGGGAGAUUAUCAGUGGUCUUGUAUGUCUUCCAUUUCCUAAUAAUUGCUCCCACAGUUGAUUUCUUCAAACCAAGCUGCUUAACUAUUGCAGAUUCAGUCUUCCCAGCCUGGUGCAGGUCUACAAUUUUGUUUCUGGUGUCCUUUGACAGCUCUUUGGUCUUGGCCAUAGUGGAGUUUGGAGUGUGACUGUUUGAGGUUGUGGACAGGUGUCUUUUAUACUGAUAACAAGUUCAAACAGGUGCCAUUAAUACAGGUAACGAGUGGAGGACAGAGGAGCCUCUUAAAGAAGAAGUUACAGGUCUGUGAGAGCCAGAAAUCUUGCUUGUUUGUAGGUGACCAAAUACUUAUUUUCCACCAUAAUUUGCAAAUAAAUUAAUAAAAAUUCCUACAAUGUGAUUUUCUGGAUUUUCUUCCCUCAUUUUGUCUGUCAUAGUUGAAGUGUACCUAUCAUCUUUUUAAGUGGGAGAACUUGCACAAUUGGUGGCUGACUAAAUACUUUUUUGCCCCACUGUAUAUGGUUUAGAGAGAAAUAGUCGACGCGUUAUAAUUCCUGUAAUAACUUGCGGCUGAACUUGACAGGGGUUCCUUCGUUAUUUUACCGUUCAUGUCUUCCAUAGAGAAUGUCUUGAUCUACUUCAAAUAAGGUCUGUGUUUCGUGCAGGUUUAAACCGCCUCUACAUUUUGAUACCCGUGUAAAUCUCACUAGGAUAAGGUAACGUUUGUCAACAUAUUUUCAUAAAUCCACUCUACAAAAAAAAUGAUCUUCGCUUAUAUUUAGCCAAUAUUGAUCAGAGUUACCUUGUCCUAUGGAUAUCUACACAGUUAUAAAAUUGGCAAGGUGGUGUAAGCCUACACAAAACACAGACCUUAUUUUAAGUGACUCUAAAAAUAUCCUAUGGAAUAAAUGAAGGAACCGCUUUUCAGAUUCUGCUAGAAGGUGUCAUGGGAAUUAUGACUCGCACUUUGGUCGCCAAUUCUUACCAUGCCCAUUAUUAAAAUAGGAUUUCCUGCAUAUAGAAAUGACAGUUUUUGUUUUCAACAUUCAUCACAGGUAACUUAAACUCUAUUUUUAUUCAAACAGUUGAGAGUAUUUGUCUCCUAAGCAGACUCGUCAGUAUCAUUGUCACUUCAGAGCUGUGUGUGUGUGUGUAUUUAUGUAUUAUAUUAAGUUAAAAUAAAAGUGUUCAUUGUUCAUUCAGUAUUGUUGCAGUUGUCAUUAUUACAAAAAUGUGUGUGUCUGUGUAUGAUAUAUAUAUUUUUUUUUUAAUAAAUCGUCCGAUUAAUCGGUAUCGGCUUUUUUUGUCCUCCAAUAAUCGGUAUCGGUAUCGGCGUUGAAAAAUCAUAAUCGGUCGACCUCUAGUCUGUACAGUAGAAGAUGUUAAAACCCAGACAGCUUUUAGGGAAACACUUGUGACCUUUUCUCGUUGGGUUAAGCCACGGAAGAAGAGUAGCCAGCAGUUAAAGCUUACAUGUUUCUGUGUCGGUAGGCCUACUCUGUCUGGGAUGGAAAUGUAGGCCUAACUUUUGAAAGUACAAUGCUCAGAUUCCUAAUGACGUCUUGGAUGUAAUUAUUGCAAACGGACAGUUUCGUUGCACACAAGACACACUGAUUUGGCAUGGGAGAAAUGUGACAAAAUGAACACAGGCCUAUUUCUCUGUCCAUUCUUAGGCUGUAAUUUCAGUAAUUUGUGUGUUAUUAAAAAAGAUUCCUCUAAUAUGUAAAAUGAAUGAGAAAAUGCAAUUUUUUUCUAUAUACGAAGAUAGAUUAAUGCAAUGCUUUUACUAUAAAGGAGAUCUUUGCACCCCUACUCAUGUCCACGGUGGUCUGCGUACCCACAACCUCCUGACCCGCAGCCCUGUGCGCUAUCAAAAUUCCACAUUGCCAUGUAGGCUACAGGACGAAGAACAGUUUGUCAUAUCUGAGGCUCUGCCUGGUCUGUUCAAGAAGUGCGGGUAAACGCCGUCCACUUUUGUUUUAAUUAUUAAUUUAGCUGUAGGAGAGGGUCUUCUUAUUUUUGGCGUUCAGAUAGGGUUUAGGGAAACUAUAUUUUGCUGAAGGGAGGACCAUCCAUUUUCUACAGGUCUUAUACCAGAAUGGCAGGGAGUGUAUUCCUGCUCCUAUUAGCUGGGACCCUGCUCUGUGGGCUACUGUUCCACACAGUGAGCCAGAAUGAAGCUGGGGACAGGACCCGCACCAGGAGACCCAACUUCAUCAUCAUUCUGGCAGAUGAUAUUGGAUGGGGAGACCUAGGAGCCAACCAGCAGGCGGGUCAGAGGUCAAGCCAAACCCCUCAUCUGGAUCUGAUGGCCCAGCAAGGAAUGAGGUUGACAGACUUCCACUCCCCAGCCUCCACCUGCUCCCCGUCCCGUGCUGCUCUCCUCACAGGCCGUCACGGCCUGAGGAACGGGGUCACACACAACUUCGCUGUGGGGUCCGUGGGUGGGCUACCCCUCUCUGAGACCACCCUGGCUGAGAUACUGCACCAGGGUGGAUACUACACAGCCAUGAUCGGUAAAUGGCAUCUAGGGCACAAUGGUCCGUACAGUCCCACCAACAGAGGUUUUGACUACUACCUGGGGAUCCCAUACAGUAAUGAUAUGGGCUGUACAGACCUGCCUGGUUAUGACCUGCCCUCCUGCCCUCCCUGUUACCCCGGACCACAGAUACUACACAACAGAUUGAAGAGGAGUGGUUACAGCAGCUGUUACACCAAAGUGGCUCUGCCUCUGUUUGAGAACAGGACCAUUGUAGAGCAGCCUCUGGACCUGUGGAGGCUAACACAGCGAUACACAUCCACUGCACUCAAUGUCAUACACACAGCCAGCAAAGAUGGUGUUCCAUUCUCUCAAGUCAGAGCACAGCUGCCUAAACAGGAACGGGGACAACCUUUUCUGCUCUAUGUAGCUCUGGCACACAUGCACGUCCCCCUGUACCCCCCUUCCUACGCCCCCCACCCCUCAGAAGGCGGUGUGUACGCUGCCAGUCUGCGGGAGAUGGACGGUCUGGUGGGGGCAAUAAAGAAUGCCUCUGAUGCCUCAGACAAGGAGAACACUCUCAUCUGGUUCACUGGUGAUAAUGGCCCCUGGGAGCAAAAGUGCCAGUAUGCAGGAAGUGUGGGUCCUUUCCUGGGGAAGUGGCAGACCAGCAGAGGUGGGGGCUCUGCCAAGCGGACCACUUGGGAGGGGGGGCACAGGGUGCCCACAGUGUCCUACUGGCCUGGCAGAGUACCAGCCAACAGCACCAGCUCUGCCCUGCUCAGUGGUCUGGAUAUCUUCCCCACCCUCCUCUCCCUAGCUGGAGUGAACCCCCCAUCAGACAGACGCUAUGACGGUAUCGACGCCACAGACGUCCUCCUACACGGCAAAGAAACAGGAAAUGAGUUCCUCUUCCACCCCAACAGUGGCGCGGCAGGGAAAUAUGGGGACCUGCAGACCGUCAGACUGGGGCGCCACAAGGCCUUCUACAUCACGGGUGCGGCGGAGGCGUGUGGGGGGUCUACAGGGAGGCAGGAGCUCCACGACCCCCCUAUGAUAUUUGACCUGUCUGGGGACAAGGGCGAGGAGACACCCCUGGACCCCACCACGGAGGAGUACAAGGAGGUGGAUGAGAGGGUGAGGAGGUGGAGGGAGGCACUGCUCUAUGACAUUGCCACUGACCAAUCAGUGUCCACGGCCGACUACGCCACAGACCAAUCAGCAGCCCCUUGCUGUGACCCCCGGCACACAGCUUGCCGCUGCAACACCCUGGGCUGAGGACACACACACAUUCAGUGUUACACAGUUUGACAUUCACAGAAAGACCGACUGAUACGCAGACACACACACACACUUUAGUUUUAGUCCAAUAAUUGUUUGCUCUUGGAGGCAUGUGCGUGCCAAUGGGAAUGUAGAAAUCACAGACCUGUAGCCUACAUCUGGGUUCAUGUAAACAACCCCAGAGAACAACCAGAAACAUCCGCCAGAGUGAAGAAGAACAGCAAAUAGUAUCAAGCCUGUUGUGAGGAGGCCGGACUGUGGGUCAUUCUCCUGGAGGUCAGUACUGAGGAUUGGCUGAGACACAUUGCUCACUGCUGCUCUGAGGGGAAACAUGGGAAGACAGCUGCUGUUGCGUAGCAAGGACAAUUCACCGUAUUAUUACCAAUAUUAAGUGUUUUCCUGUACACAGGCUUUUGUACAGUUAUAUAACGGAGGCUUCUGGGUUGCUCUAGCACUCUCUGGUGGGGAGUAUAUGACCAUGCAAUAAGUAGAAUGAAGUUGCCAAUACACUGAUCUAAGACCAGUUUAGUUUUGUCCCACGAAUAACUUCACUUUAACCCAAAAUCAAAACAUCCAAAGAACAUGAGUGUUCUUAAAGCUCCACCCUUUGGCAAGUCAGUCACAGGAUCGUAACAAUAGGUGUGCUAUUUACAUACUAUAUGUAUAAAUGUAUAUAUACACAAACAAUAAAAAAAAAAUCACUUUCCCCCAAAACCACUUAAGACCUAAUGUAUUGAUGAAUAAUACUAAUUUCAUAUUCCAAAAGAGUAUUUAGUACAAGUCAAUAUAAUUUUUUUACAAAGUAAAAACAUCUGUCAUAUCUGAAAUGUUACAUUAUUCAAUAUUAUGUAGUCAAUGGUGUUAAUAAUGAAAUCAAUGAAAUAAAAGGACCUGUACGAUCCUAUAA